AUGCCAAAACCCAAUAUCAAAUCAAGUGGUAAAACGAUCGAGUGGAAAAAAGGAAAAACAAUCGAGAGGAUAUCUAGUGGUAAAAAGUUAGCUCCAGAUUCUUACCUCGAUCCGAAAUCGAGGCAAACAUAAUGCAUUUCGUUGGCGCCAGUUGAGCACGAGAAGAAUAGUUUCGCGGCAAUUUGGUUGCAAAGGCCUUGGAGGAAAUAGUGUCUAGUUUUGAUUUUUCGGAGAAAUUUGUAUAACUUAUGGUUAAUGCGAUCUUCCAGACAACAUUCUCGGCUAAUAUUACGUGUAUGCUGUUAACAUAUUGAGGCUGUCGAUUUGUUGAUAAACGGGGAAAUCCGGAUAUCUUGCCAACCCUGCUGAAACUUUGAUCUGUGAGCGAGACUAUAUGGCAGCUAAGAAAAGUAUCCAGUCAAGACAAAAAUGACCUUAACUAAAGCUGAAACCGUCUCUGAGAUGGAAAAUUAUGCCGGAAAAACCGACCAAGUUACACAGCUUCUUCAAAAUUUAAAUAAUAAAGCUGCAACAAGGGAGUCGAGGAUGGACACGUAUCUUUUGCUUGCCAGGGGUGUCAGCAUACCAAUGCCAGCCAUGAUUGAAGAUUUAUCAAGACUGGCUGUGCUUAUUCUGAAACACAUCAAGAUGGACCUGGAAAAAGAUGACUCAGGACUUGUGCAGAGUGCAUUGCAACUCUUAGGAUUCCUCUUACAUUGCCCAGAAAUUGUGACUUCUUUUAGUGGAGGCAUUUUGAAAAGCAUUUUAGAAGAUAUCUGUACGGUUCUAAGGAAAACUGAUGACAAAGGAAUUUGUGCAAGAGCUUUGUGGUGUUUGAGUAAACAAAACAUGCCAGAUGAUAUCAUAAGUAAAGAGCUUUCUAAUCUGCUGCCAGUCAUCAAUUCAUGUCUAGUUGGAAAGAACUUUGACUCUUCUACUGUUGAGCUUGAGGCAAUCAAUGUAUUCCAAAGGUUACUUAAACACUGUCCUGUCCAAAUGAUUGAAAAUGGAGAAGUUUGGUUCAAGAUGGUCUAUCCAUUUGUGAUAAGCAGAAACACAAAGAUUGCUGAAAGAUCCUUGGUAUUUCUUGAAAAGAAUCUGGUCAUGUUUAAACAGCACCAUGAGAAGUUAUCGACAACAUUAAUUAGUGACUUACAGGAGCAGGGUCUUGUCGAGAGGUUGAGGGCAAUUUUUGACUCUAAAAGAGAGCUCUUUGUGUUGAGAGUUUGGUCUUGUUUUGUCACGAUUCUGGACAAGAACAUGCAUCAAGGGACCCGUGUUUCAAACAGCCUUUUGAAAGUCGAGGAAAUGGCGUUCAAGGCCCGUUCAACAGAUGUCCUAAUCGCUGCCUACAAAGCAUGGCAAUUUCUUAUAGAUAAUUUCGCUACAUCGGAAGAUGCGAUCUGCUCCCAGAAGAGACUUAAGCUUCUCUUGAUGCCUCUUGUUAAUGCUACUUCAAGCUCGCAAAGAAAUGCGAACGUGGAACAAGCAAGAUUUGACUGUUGGCUGCAUUUAAUCCGAACCCUAAAGCACAAAAUCAACACUAUUUUUAGUCAGGUCAUUAAUCCAUUUUUGGAAUUUCUCUUCUCCGUGCGUACAUCCACGGCUGCCUCAGUCGACCUUAAUCUCCAGAAGACCCCAACAAAAGCGAAUGGUGAUGAGGUCCUCAAAGUGGAGACACCUAUUACGCCGGCCGCGCGCAAGUUCGAUAUAGCGCGGCAAAAGUCGUCACCGCGCAACAAAAAUCUACACUUCGAUUCUGGCCAGUUGAAGAAAUCCGGUGCUGAAAUUUUGUACCAUUUGAUCAAAUCGGAGGAUUCUGAUGAUGAUCCAUUUGAGACCAGCGUGAGCAUAGAAUUCGAGCCAGUAUCCCUGGAUAUUAUCAAGAAGAACGCUGUUAUUUUCACGAUUGCCCUUCAAGAUUUGACAUCAAACUGUGGCGAAGUGAUUGAUCCCCGACUGCUCACAGCGCUUUGGGGGCGAUUACUGUGCCAAUUUGAAAGGAUUUUCGUCACAGCUGGAGAUGACAAAGAAAGCAUCACCGUGAUCGCGGGUGGACUGUUCUUGUCUCUACAAACCAUGGUUGAUUCUAUCAAAAUCCCAUCAAAAACGGUUGUGAAUAUUUUGACGUUAUGUCAUGAAGAACUCCAUGAAACGAUGUCCCAACACAAAGAUCUGCUGAAAACCGAGCUGAACACCCAAGGAAGUUUCUCCAUUCACUUGUUGCAACUCAUUCUUCAGACAUUGAAGUCUAGAAAUGACAUCUCCACAUCAAAUGGUUUUCUUGGCCUGUUCAAAGAGCUAUUGGCGAGCGUGAUGGAGGCGGUGACUGGUCAACUACCGGCGGUUCAACAGAUCAUCAAAUCAACGCACGCCGUAGCACCCUUUGUUGAAGACAAAGGUUUCCUUUGGCGCAUUUGGGAUGCAAUCACCACGCACCUUACUGAAUUUGUCAAAAGAACAAACGAGGUUAAUCAAGGAGGUAGCCUCGACCACGAUUUUAGCGCUAUUUUAGAUACGCUUCUCUUCCCUGUGAAAGAGCUUCUAAAGGCUGAUAUGCCUAUGGGUGUCUCCAAAGAUCUGAACUCUCGCUGGUCUGCACUUUUCAAAUCAUUGGUGAGGGAAUCCUCGUUGAUAGCCACUACAGAACGGAAUCAAGCAAUCGAAGAUUUUUGCCGUUUGCUGCAUGGAGCAAUAGAAAGCCAAGGCUUGGGUCUUGAGGUCGUGGAUGAGAUUGGAAAGUUAAUCCAGCUUUUGACCGUUGUGAUUGAAAGCCUUGAGCCUCCAGGCAACCAGCAAAGAAAUCAAUUGAAAAUGACGCCACGAAGCAUGCAUCGAAGACUGGGAAAUCCACUUGGCAAUGUCAAAUCACUGGUCAAUGUUUUAAAGGCGAUCUACAGGGCAUUCCAUUCUGCAAAGGAUAGUAAAACCGCUGAGCAGCACCUUGGCUCCUUCAUAGAGGCUCUUGGUAAAUAUUUCAGCAGGAUUUCAGGUGAUGACGUCAUCAAAGAAUCGGUCAAGCAGCUCUCAUCUUGUAUUGUUCAGCUUGUUUUUGAAGAAAGGUUGAAAAGCCUGCCCGUCCCAAUCGAUGUUGAAUUGGAAUCAAGUAAAAGUUUGUCUUUAAAAGGAAAUAUGGAGCAAUCUUGGCUUGAAAUCCCAAAACAAUGUGUGGCUAAAUUGCUGAAUCAAAUCUACGCGUGCGUGCAAGAGAAAUACGAAGAAAACGCGAAUCAGGAUCUGCUUGACGUAUUUUCACCUUUACUCAUAGCUGGGAUUUCGUGUGAAAACAGUGUAGUGCGAUCUCGUACGGCUGGGUUCUGGAACAUGUAUUUUGGUGAAGUAACUGGCCUUGUUUACUCAAAAGAGUUAAGAGCUAUUCUGAAUCAAAUGAAAACAAAAAUUCCCUUGACCAUAAAUGGUUCGCAGGGCACCGAUCCAGUUGCUAUUCCAGAGUCUGACGAUGCAGCCCAGCUACCUGAUUCAACUGAUAUUACCAAUUCGCCAAACAUCAGGAAGACUUUGGCUGUUAACCUUCGGUCUCCCCAUAAAAUUCACGGCAGUUUCCUGCAAAAGGCACUUUCUGCUGAUCGCGUGCCUCAAAGCCCUUCUCCUAGAAAGAAAAUCGUAGACAAGUCCCCGAAGAGUGAACCACGAAUAAAAGCAGUCAGAAGAAAACUUGCGAGUUCACUCGACCACGAUAAUUCGAAUGAGUUUGUUACCAUUGCUCCUUCCCCGAAAAAACGGCGUAUUUUGACAGAACACCAGAAAGACAUGUUGAGAAGCAAGAGCGAUGUACCCACAUUGUACAAUAUGCUUGAUCAAACGACACAGGAGGCUAUUUUCUCUGAAGACACCCAGUGCACAAUGGACUUCCCUCUCAUAUCGUCCGGCAAAAUUGACCCAGCUUGUCAUGCGGAAAGACGCGGAUCCCACUCGAAUGACGCAGCAGUCACUGUUGAGAGAGAAGCAACUGCAGAAGAGCCAUUUGUCCAUAUAGCUUUCACCCAAAAGGAACCUGAUGUAAUGGAAGUUGCCUCCCCGCAUGGCAGUUGCGGAGGAUCUCAAACCAAAAGCGGUUCGCCAGUGUGUGAUAUUGAGGUUAUUGCAAAAUGCCCCAAGGGUGACAAAGAAGUGUCCCAUGGCUCUCAAAGAAGCCCUUGUGAUAUGAAGGAAACAACAGGACGCUGCGAUGCCAGCGCACCGAAGGCGAGGAAGUCAAUAAAAAAAUCAUUGGAAAUGGUGGCGAAUGGGACAUGCUUUGACGAUUCGCUCUCACGUCUCAAUGAGACCGGAAAAGGGCUUGAAAGUUCACAACCAGAUGAUAAUGACGUCAUACCUUCAUCCUACACCCCAUAUCAUGAAUCCUCACUAGAAAAAAGUAUGCCUUUGGAGUCUAUAGCACGUCUUGUUACGUCUGUGGCAUCAUCUUCAAAUUUGAUAGUCGAUGAUGCCAAUCCGGAAAGUUCCGCAGCUGUAUCAAGCAGCGAAAACUCAGCCGAGCCGUCUAGUCUGAAAGCUAACGGAACAAAUGCUGAAGGCAAGACAAAACAUUGUGAGGAACCGGACUCAGAAACACCGGAUUUGAUCCCUUGCACACAACCGGAAAAUGAACCGUUGCCGGUAUUGAAAGGUGUGACAUUGUUAACUCCGAGGCGGUCUUUAAGAAAGAGUAGAAAAUCGCAGCCCAUUGCCUGGCAGAAAAUGAGAGAUGAGAACAUUUCUGAAGCAAAAAACAAUGGUUCAAAUAAAGUCUCAUCAACGAGAAGAAAAUCUAGGAAUGUCCGGACUAGUUUUAAGGAAACAGAACAGAACAACAGGUCAGAUAAGGUAUUGUCUGGCAGUAGCGUCGAUAUAAAUAGUGAAGGUGAAGGUUCUUCGGAAGCUGAAGCCAGUUGUCAGAGCAAGAAAGAAAAAGUUUCUAAUCAAAGCAAAAACGAAGAAGUUUCCAGCCAAAGGAAGAGCGAAAAGGAUUCUAGUCAAAACAAGCACAAAGAUGUCUCUAGCCAAAGCAAGAACGAAGAGGUUUCUAGUCAAAACAAGGAUGAAGAAGUUUCUAUUCAAAGCAAAAACGAAGAAGUUCCUAGCCAAAGCAAGAAAGAAGAAGUUUCUAUUCAAAACAAAAACGAAGAAGUUUCUUAUGAAAACAAAGACGAAGAGGUGUCUGAUCAAAGCAAGAACGAGGAGGUUUCUUAUGAAAACAAAGACGAAGAGGUCUCUGAUCAAAGCAAGAACGAGGAGGUUUCUAUUCAAAACAAGGACGAAACAGUAGCAACAGAUGAGGGUUCAACACCAGCUAGACCUGAAAGAACAAAAGAAAUGGCGCCAGAAAAGAGCCUUGAUCUUUGUCCUGCCAAAGGAGAUUUCGCUGGCACUAGGCCUAAUGAAAAGAAAGCGAGUAAAAGGAACCAUAGAAAACGCUCUGUGAUUUCAAUUUUGCUGGACAGUGCUAAAGGUUUCUUGGGAAAACAGGACAAAAACGAAACUGGACAGGAAGAUAAAAAUGGAGACAAAUCAGUGGUUCAUGUUGAUCUAAGCGAGGAAAAUGGAGUUUCGCAAGAUAAUGGAAUGAGUUCAACUGAAAUGAGUGAAAAUUUUACUGAAGAAAUUAUUUUAGUUAAUGACACAGCCGAGAGUGAAAAUGAAAAUUCAACUAAAAGGGAUAAAACUACUGCAGAAGUAGUUCCAAUCAGGGACACAACUGAGAAGAAUAUUGAAAGCAAGGAUGAUUCGGUUACUCAAAGCUCUGAAGACUCGAAUUCAAUCAUUGGAACAGGUGUGUUUUCGGAGGGAGGAAAGAUAUUGCCUGCUCGUAACACAGCAAGGAAGUCAAUUGCCAAGAAGGAGAAGCGCCAUGAAGCCGAUAAAUUGCCAUUGAAAGAGUUCAGUAUCGUGGCAAAGACGUAUUUACAAGAUCUAAACGCAUCGAUUGAAGAUUCAAUCGAUUUAGCAAGUUUGAGCAAGUUAUACAAAGCACGUGCAGACAAAGGGUCAAGUACUGAGCAAUCCAAAGUUGGGUUCGGUGAAAAUGAGAAAGAAAAAAAUGACAAAAUGGAUAUUAAGGUUACAGACAAGCUUGGGUGCCAGGAAAAUGACACCAAAAGUGUUGGCACAACUGAGCCCGAGGGACAAAUUAUAAGCCAACCAAAGUAUUGCAAUGACAAGGAUGUUGGAUUACAUAUUGUUGCCCUUUCACCCACAAAAUCGUCAAAUAAAAAUCAAGGAAUGAUUGAGUAUGACUUAACACCGACUUUUCCAAGAACUAGGAAAAGGAAACGAAAGCUGAAAAGUGACAAAAUGAAUUCGAUAAUUGCUGAAAAAGUAUCACAUACUUCUGAUGGUUCCGAAGACCCCAAGGAGACAUCCGAGGACCAAAAAGACUUGACAAUGACGUCAGACUCGUUCAAAGUAAUUGAAAGUAUAGCAAUGGAGGUGACAGAGGCGGGUGUCUUAGAAAGAAACACAGAAUUAAACCGAGAAAGAAAAGAGACGAAGUCGACUAAGCAACAAGGGAUAAAGCCAGCAUCACCAAAAAUCAAGUUUUCCCAUGGCCUUGGUUCAACUCAUCCCUCAUCAUCAAGGAGUAAUUGCGAAGGUCGAUCUCCGAUAAGUGGAAUCUUAAAGAUGGCUUUGAAGAAAAGCAUGGAGUCAUCCCCCUCCGGAAAGAGCCGACGGGUAUCUUUUGCAAUUCCACUUGAAGACAAGCGAUGGGCUGAUAACGAAAGACGAGCAAGUGAUCUAGCGGUGCCAUUUCCAAAAACAAGCGAGAAAAACGGAGGUACCAAGAUGCCGAGACAGGCGACGCCUAAACGAUUUACUGCAAUUCAAAAGAAGCUUUCAUCUCCAAAGAUCGCCAGACAAGACGACACCCAGGCCAUUUUCCCUGAUCUCAUCAAAUGUCGCACCGUCAUCGAGAAGAUUCUCCCGUCCAUCACUUCAAUGAGUUGGUCACGUGGUGCUGGUAAUUUCUUCAGGUCGCAAAACAUUCGGACGAUAGGCGAUCUUUGUGCCCUGUCCGAAUCGCAAAUCGAGUCACUGCCGAUUCGUUCCCCCAAAGUCUGCGUUUGUAAAACAGCGUUGAGUAGAUUUCUCAAACAGCAAGAAAAGCAAAUGGCCACCCAUACUGCGGUUUCGAAAUCAGGGUCUCCAACGAAAGUGAAAUCUCAGAUAAAAGAAGAAAACAGUAAAAACGUGGGGUUGAAGAAAGCAGAAGUGAACGAAACACCAACGAAGAAAGGUAGUAUUAAAGCGACAUUACUGUUUAGAGAUUUGGAGGAAAAUGAAGGAGACCGAGAAAAGGAAGAAGCUGGGAAGGAAGAUGAUGUCACGGAGAAAUUUGACUUUUCUGCUACAACCUGUGACGUAGAUGUCUCGGAUCAUGAGAUGGAAGGUAGCAAGGAAAUAGUGGAUGAAAGCAGUGGUAAAAACGAUUGUGAUGAGGUUGUUGUUAUGGAGGACUCAUGUCAGCCGGAUGAUGAAGCUUCUCAGGAAAAAUCUACGAUGUCUUCUGAUAUAUGUGAAGAUAUCGGUGAUGAUGAUGAAAUGGACGCUGAAAAUAACGAGCAGGAAAAUGAUUUAGGAAACCAAGCCCCAAAAGAAAUAAAGAUUGACAUCACAGAAGGUACUGUUUUGCAAUACCCUGAUAUUGAUAGCUCUGGGAGUGAAAAUUCGCCCGAAUCUGAAGAGCUUGGAAAAGAAGAGCAUGCGCCAAUUUUGGUUCAAUCUUCAGAUGAAAAUACCGACUCUGACAACACGGAGGACGAUUCAAUCGAGAACUCAAGAUUGAAUCCAGAUUCUAAUCAUGAUAAAAAUCCGGAUUCAGCUUUGUCAGAGAAUCCGGAAUCUGAAGCUUUUAAAUGCCAUGUAACUAGUAUUGUGGAACCAAUCCAGGAGGUUCACGAAAAUCCGGUAGCUGAGGGACCCGAACCUACUAGUCAACCCGUUACGGAAAGAAGUUUACAGAGUUGUUCAGACAAAAAUGGAACUGCAUUUGACAAAGAGAAAUCCGGAUUAGAAACGGUUGAUAUGGAUCAAAGUCUAACACGAACUAAGGUUGAAAUCUUAAAAACUGAGAUUGUUAUAAAUGGCGAGUUGAGCUUCGAGGAAUCGACUGGAUUACUUAAUCGAGAAAAGGAUUGUGAAGCUGACACGAAACCUGAAGAUUGUUGUCAAAUGCUGGAUAAAGCUCUAAGUGCCAUCAAAAAUAACCUUUCUAGGAUGUCACUGAAACAAUCUGUUAAUAUUCACCGAACGUUGUUUGAUUUCAACAAGCUGAUGCUGGACUCUAUAGAGACGAAAAUUGAUGACAAUUCUUAAGAAUCGAAAAUAUUGUAAAUAAUUUUUCGCAGUGUUUACAUUUUGGAAAUAUCCGAUAAGAAGAGUUAAAAUUGAUUUCAAGAUAUACAAGAUGUGAUCGUUUCUGUUGGUCACAUUUGAAUAUAAAUGAGACAGAAGCUCGUGUCUAUUCCAGCGUUCUUGUAAUGCUUAUAAUUUUUGCGUUUUUUAAUAUUGUUGUAAAUAGCAUCAGCCAUUUGUGUCUUUAUUCUGCCAGUGAUAAAGACACGAUUGCUUUGUGCUAAUCCUUCAUUCGAUGUCUUGAUAAUAUAAAUAUAUUUAGCCUAUAAACGUCUGUUUUCAUACUUCUCGCAUCAAAAAUCGGUUUUUUUCGUAUUUUUAUUUAAUACUUAACUUGACCCGUUUGCGUAAAUUUGACAUUGAUAGAUUUUGCUGCUCUUGCAAAUUAUAUCGUCAAUGUUUUUAAAUGUUUGUGAAAUUAAUUUCAAAUUUUAUGAAUGGAUUUGUUGUCAUUUUCCUUGAGACGGCCAUUGCCCUUCUGUGUGAAUGAAUAAAAGGUCACUGUAGCAGGCUGCUCGAAGGGGCUCCAAGGAGUUUUUGCGGCGAAAAGUCGAUAGAAAUGUAGCAAAUAUGAAACACCGCAAUGCGACGAGAAUGAGCAACAAUAAAUACACGUAAAUCAGUGAAGGCUAAUAUUUCACCCCGGCAUACGGGGCUUCAUCAGAGCAAAAGUUAACGGGCUAAAAAUGUACACAUUUAAAAGAGGCGAUGGUGGUGUCGGAUUGGCUGAUGUGGAAUGGUGUGAAUGCAGCGCAGUGUUGGAGGAGGGAAGGGUGGCGAAUGAGAGAGGGUGGGUUGUGGUGGUGGAAUGAAAAUGUAAUGGGGAUGAAGUACUAUAAUAUGAAAUAAUGAUAAUGUUGCUGUAAGGUUAACGGUCAGUGGUUCUGUUCAUGCCGUUCGGUGUGAGAGUGUUUGCCAGGCCAAUGAGGUAUUGCCCUACUCUCGUGUUUAAAUUUUUUAAAAUGUUAAGUCGGUCACUGAUCUUAAAAUUUUAUGUAAUAAAUAUGGAAUAUAGAAAUACACUUCCAUGAAGAAUGGACUCGAAUUUUCCGUUAACGUCAGCUGCUGUAGCGUUAUCAUGGGGAUCACACUAUCUUAAAACCUAUCUUAAAAUCUUAAAAUGGGGAUCACCCUUACACCCCGAGCAUCUCUGUUCCAUCAUUUGUUCCACAAAGACCCCUACGGGUACUCACUUUGUGGCUUCCACAAUCAUUAAAUUUCACAAUGGCCUCAGCAGUUUAACUUUCCAAAUGAAAAACAUGAUUUUGGCUUCAGGCAAUGCGGCAAUUUUCCCCCAAUUAUCAAAAUUAUUUGCUGAAAUAAUCAGAAAUUUAUGAAAACAGCUUGUUAAUGUAUGAAGCUGAAAGACUUGUUGUACGCUGAAGAACAGCUGUGGCGAUGUUCCUCAGUAGUGCAUUUUGGGACCGCUAUUGUUUUUGUAUACGCCGACAAUUUGACACAAGAACCAGGAAUACUAGGUUCAGGUUAAAUGUUCUUAAUUUUACCACAAUUUUAGAGGCUAGAC